AGCGCUUUUCCGCCCUGGAAAACCUCUCAGAAAGGUUCUAAGUCCAAGCAAAAAGGAAUGCGAAGACUGUUGUCUGUCUGGUUCAUUUGUUACUCUGUGCACAGCCCUUAGUUCUACUGUGCAAGCAGAUACAGAUUAGAUUAAUCCAUCGUGUUUAUUUAAGAAUAAAGACCAUGUUUUGGACUGAUACAGACGUAGAAUUUAAUGAAUUAGUUGCCUUUAGUUUCUUUAAACAAAAAACUUGGUGUCAGGGUUAGACUGAGGGAACAACAAGGCAAGUACACACGUCUCCUGAGAGAGAAACACAGGGCAGGGCUCUUUCGAAAGUGGUAGGUGUCGCAGAGCAGCUCUUGAUGUCAGCAAAUAAUGGCAGUAGGUUAACCAUUAACAUAAGUCAUGAUUGUGACUGAUGGCAGAAAGGGAGGGAACUUGCUCCGUAGUUGUAAACAUUCCCUCACGUGACUGUAUAUAACUGCUAUACAUGUAAUGCUUUUACAUAUAGACUCAUUCUGGAUAGCUGAGUUCAAGUCGUGUCUGUGACAAACAAAACUAUAUUUUUAAGUGCUACUCUCUUUUUCUAAUGUUAGUCUGUAGAAAUACUAUUUGGGCGCUUCUGUCAUCUGUUACUUUCACUUCCGUAGUUGUGGAAGUGCUUGAUUUAGAGAUGCAGAUGUUGUUGUUUUUAUAUAGAUUUUAAUAAUGAUGAUGAGUGAGUUUCAGGUGGGGCUGCCACUUGUGUGCAGACUACAGCAAUUGCACCUCAAAACUCAGUAGAGAAGAUGACAAGAACAGGCCAGAUUUGUUACUUGUCACAGACAGAGAGUUGUACACACGUGUACACGUAUUUAUAUAUGUGCAUUUAACAUUCCCUCUGAUGGUAGUCCUCACGAGCUUGAAGUGGUGGUGUCAAACUUAGGUCAUUGGUUCAUGUUUGUUUACUGUCAUUUGACCUGUGUUGAAAUCUUGAGUUGCCCAGCUCUUGCUGAAAUACUACUUCCCCUAAGCAAGAUUUAACUUUAAAAUGCCUUGUUAAAUGUGUAGGUGAAAUGCCUGUGCAUUGUGGAUGUUUGUUAGCAAGGCUCUCUCAAGUUUUGGAGGCCUUACCUACAUUUAGAAGUUUUUUCUGUUAAUAUAAAAAUUUCUUGCUGAGGUGCACUUAACAUACUAGCACCUUUUCUGCCACUUUUACAUAGUUUGUUUGAAAGUCUGGAUGAUAGCUGUCUUAAUUUCUUUAAAGGUUGCUUAUUGGAUUUUUUUUUUAAUGACUCAUGAAACCAGUGGUGUCUUUGGGUGAAAUUUUGUAUCAUUUCGGUGCUAAGACUGGUGAAAACAGGAAAUCUAAAUUAGUUUAGAUUUCUGAAAGUUGCAGAAUGGAUUCAUAGGCAAAAGUCGUCUCAGCUGCCUAAUUAGUAUAAGAAUAAAUUUAUUACAAAACCAAGAAAUAAAGCUUUCUUGAAAACUGUGGAAGAAUUGGAAGGGGAAAAGUGAGACAGAAAGGGAAGGGGAAGAAGAAAGGGGGAAAGAAACACGGAGUCAGGAAUAGUUGCUGCAUUUGGACUCUGUGUAGUAGAAAGAAAGUUAAUCUGAGUCUGAUGCCAUUUGUCAACUAAUACUUUACUAUGUUAUCUAGCAAGAGUAUUGUGAGGGUGUAAGUUACUCUGUGGAAGAUGCUGAGAUACAGGGUCUGUAUGAGAAACAAGCACCCAUCUGUAUGGCUCUGCUCUCUGUAAAAUUGAAACAAACUACCCUCUAUUAGUGUUUGCAUGCACCAAUAUAAUGUUAAUGCAUUUAAAUACCAACACAGCAUUCACCUUACCCAGGAAAAAAGCCACUUUGCAACACAAAAUGACACUACUGCAACUUGCACAAAUGCAGUUUCAUCCUGCAAGGCAGCUUGUUCAUUGCUUUGCCAAAGCCUCUUCAGUCAUUGGACUGUAUUACAUUCCUUUUACAGUUUGCUACAGUAGCUGGAUGGUUCUAAUGAGCACAGCAUACUGUUCCAGCUCACUUUCUCUCUUCGCAUUUGGCUACAUGUGGUGGUUUCAAUUCUGCAUGUAGGCAGAGGCCAGGCCCUGCUAACUUUGACAGCCUCAGAAGUCGGUGGCGGAGUUGAAUCUCAGACCUCCUAAGAGACUGACCACGUGUGUGUUUUCAAAUGCACCCCAACCUCUGAGCAGCGGAAACCUGGGAAGAAGAGGAAGCUUAAGCCCAGUUCCUGAGAUGCGAUGAUGAAGUUUAAGCCUGAUUCCAGGAUCUGAGACGCAGUAGAUGGUGCUGAAGCAACACUGAGGCUCCUCCUGUGAAAUAUCCACAAUCCAGUGUGUAUAUAGAAAGUGCCUGCUGGGUCUCCCAGGUGUUGAUGGUCCUGUGGCUUCAAGAGAUGCAUUCCGGGACAAGAAAACACUGACUUUCAUAAAAGUACCCGUCUUCUGGAACUGUGGAGAUUUGACAAGCAGUAGAUACUUUAUACCCCAUUAAUGAAAGUCUUGAGUGUAAACUUACAUCAGUUCUAAAAAUGGGAAGAAUUUUCCUGGAUCAUAUUGGUGGCACUCGCCUGUUCUCCUGUGCAAACUGCGACACGAUUCUGACCAACCGUUCCGAACUCAUCUCCACUCGUUUCACCGGAGCCACAGGAAGAGCCUUUCUUUUUAACAAGGUGGUAAAUCUGCAAUACAGUGAAGUUCAGGAUCGGGUCAUGCUCACUGGCCGCCACAUGGUUCGAGACGUGAGCUGCAAGAACUGCAACAGCAAACUGGGUUGGAUCUAUGAAUUUGCCACUGAAGACAGCCAGCGCUACAAGGAGGGCCGUGUCAUCCUGGAAAGAGCAUUGGUCCGAGAGAGCGAAGGAUUUGAGGAGCAUGUUCCAUCUGACAAUUCCUGAAGAGACCUGAGUCUCUUCUCAGGUUCUCUUCAACUGAAACUCAAGUAUAAUAAAAUCAACAAAAAAAUCUGCUUACAUACACUGUCACCUUAGCAUCAGAGUCGGAUUCAUGGACUACAGAGUGGGAAAGAUUGUGAGAGUAUUUCAGAUGGAACCUUACUUUCUUUAUUCAGUUUAUAUUUUACUUUCCCUCCAGCAGCUGUUUGUAGAAAGAAUGUUGUGCAGAUGCUGUAUCUUUUUCUCUCUUUCAUUUACAUCUGUUAGAUUUCAGAUUGUAUCUACAGAUACGGUGGGCUAAAAGGAGAAUAUUUGAGGAGAUUUGUCUUUUGUUAGAGAGAAAUUCAGUGAGUUUUUUUUUAGUUUGCACAAACUGAUGUCAGCAUCAAAUUAUUUUAAAACUUCAGAUUUUUUUUAAAAAGUAUAUUCCAAAUUUUGGCUUAAGUUUUUAGUUGGGUUUUUUUGGUUUGUUUUUUUUUACCCAGUCUUUUCAACUGGUUUGCUAGCUGAAGUAAAGAGAUCCGAAUUUGUGCUGAGUGCUAAAGGUUCAGUGUUGGUACGGCUUGGGCUGGCCCGUGUGCCAUAUUCUUGUUGAGGUUGAUUGGUAGCACAGAGCCCAUUAUUUCUUGUCAUUCUUGACCCAAAGAUGUCACCAUUCCUCGUUUAUUUGUGAAGUCCCAUUCACCAUGUAAAACUGGUGUUGAUUGGAAACUAUUCUUGAAAUAGGGCAAAACUGCUUGGCUUUUUUUAACUUUAACUGAUGUAACUUAUGAGCAUAGUAAUAAUAUAAAAUAAUAGCUGUCUGUUUAGUCUUGCGUUGCUUACAAAUCCAGCUGUGUUUGUAAUGAUAGGGAUCCAUGGAGAAACUACUGUUUCAGUAGUGAUUUUUUUUUUCUGUUUUCUCUACUAAUCUUAUUAAGUAGACAGGGAAUUGCAAAUCUUAAUUCUUCUUCAAGUAGCUUUCUUUAAACCCAGAACUUCCUAUGUUAAACACAGCUGCUGUGUAAAAGGAGAAGAUUGCCAGCAUGUUUGUUCAUGCCUAGAGUUAUGCAAUCCGCAUCUCUUGAAAAGAUUAACUUAAACAGCUUGUUUUCAAAUGCUGCUUCUGGUGUUGAAACCUUUAUCUUUCAACUUUGUUGAACCUUUUCGUUGUGAUGUUACAUUUUUAUCUUUCUGGGCAGCAGUACGUGUCAGCCUGGUAGUAACUAGUGACUUGGAUUCCUGCUUUGUUCUUGUAGAGGUCAGCUCUGUUUAAAACAGUGAUCUUGCUUGCCUUUUUAGCAAAGAUGCUCUUCAUUAACUUAACUCAAGGGUGCCCAAACACUUUCUUUGUGUCUUAAGCCAUAAGUUAAGAUCUCAAGGGCUGAAAUUUAUUUGAAUGUUAGAUGUGUAUGAUUUCUUAUCCAAGAUACAAGUUAGUUCUGUUUCUUUUUCUUAUUGGAUAAAUUGUGGUCAACAUGAAAUAAGUUACCCACAGACACAGAAAAAGGGUGGUUGGGGGGAACCCCACCCAAUGAAACAGGUCUGGGCUCUGACAUUUCAGAAUAACUUUUCUUCCCUAGCCACUGCUCCAUACAUGAAACUAAAAGGGGGAGGGUGACUAUGCGGAGUAUUUUUCUUAAUUUUUUGGUUGCCAAGUGGCAAUUUGGACACCCCUGACUUGAAUCUACUGCCUCUUUCAUGUAAAAGUAGCUUUAUUAUAGAAUUGUCACAUAGAAAGAAAACAGAGUAGAUCACAUACCAGAGCUGUGCUUGAAUCAAGCUGCUUAAACAAUAGUGUACUUGUGCCUCAAAUGAAUCAGUUUUUGCACUGAGUACAGUAGUACCCCAUUAUCUUGUACUCCUGUCCUUCACAGACCCUAAAAACGCCAUUAGCAUGGUUCUCUGCAGUACUUUUCUUGUACUUCUGACAUUACAGUACAAUAAAGUAUGUUUUGUCCUGAACUGA